CGUGAACGAUCGAUCCGCCCUUGGGAAAUGGUUUGGUCUCCAUUGACAAAAGCGUUGUUCGGGGAAAAAAUAGUGGCUUAAUACGUGUGUUGGGGACAUGCUGUAGUUUUACUCAUAUAGUUCAUUGAACGACCGUAUUAACGCGUGAACACACGGACGGUUGCCGUAAAACCAACUAAACGAUACCAUGUCCAUAUCACACGAACAGAGUCGAUUGUCACUUGUGUAGAAUUAAAAUGGCGUUCGAUUGCAUCGAGAAAAUCAUCAAAUUGUUCUUCUUCAACUACGGGGGUUUCAUCGCGAAGCACCCGAUUCCCUUUCUGCUGGUGCCGCCACUGCUGGCCGGGGCACUGGGCGCUGGGAUGGUGUUUCUGACGGAGGAACAGAGCGUGGAGAACCUGUACACUCCUGAAAAUGGCCAGGCCAAGACAGACAGAAACACGGUGGAAACAUUAUUUGCCGAGCACGGUGACAAUGACACGCUGGUGUCACGUCUAACGAGACUUGGUCGGGCUGGCAGCGUGAUUAUACGGCACAAGGAUGGACAGAACAUCCUGACACAGGCGGCCAUGGAUGACAUUUUAGAUUUACACGAACAGAUCAUGAACAUCAGCAUCACUCACGAUAACGUGGACUACACAUUCACCGAUCUCUGCGUGAAAUGGGACGUUGUUUGUAACGAGAACGCCAUACUGGCUGCCUAUGAUUACAACUCGUCUAAGGUUCCGUCGACCACCCUGACAUUUCCCCUCUAUACCUCACCAACCGAUAACAUCGUAACUUAUUUUCUCGGUGGAGGACUAGGCGGAGUGACUUUUGUAUCAGGUUCUCAAGAUGAUGUCCUCUCGGCUGAGUCUAUUCAGUUGUCCUACUUCUUACAAUACGAAGACAGCGUGGAGGACCAGCGAAGCGCCUUGUGGGAGGACAAGUUUCUGGAAGUGGCUGAGGCCUUCACGUCAUCGGUCAUCACAGUAACUCGCGAGGUGUCUACUACUCUGGAGAGCGAGUUGGAUAAAGCUAGUUCCAGUGUCAUUAAGGACUUUUCUAUCACGUUCACCAUCGUGAUCACGUUCAGUAUCUGUUCUUGCGUGAUGCUAGACUGGGUGCGUAGCAAGCCCUGGCUGGCCGCAUGUGGUGUCCUAUCUGCUGGCCUGGCCGUGCUUUCAUCAUUCGGGCUGAUGAGCUACAUUGGAGUACCAUACAUUAAUGUCGUCGGCUCAGCACCAUUUCUAAUCCUCGGUAUUGGAGUUGAUGAUAUGUUCAUCAUGUUGGCUGCUUGGCGACAGACUGACGUCAGAUGGUCAGUGGAACGACGCAUGCGCCAUGCCUUCUCUGAAGCUGCCAUGUCUAUUACCAUCACGUCCAUUACAGAUGCUCUGGCCUUCGGAAUCGGCGCUAUUACGUUCUUCAGAUCCGUCCGUAUAUUCUGCAUGUACACGGGUGUGGCUGUCAUCUUUGACUACGCCUAUCAGAUCACUUUCUUUGGCGCCUGUAUGGUGCUGACUGGUCGUCGCGAGGCAGCUAACCGACACUGUAUGUCCUGCCACAAAGUCCGACCUAAGAGUGGGUCUACGUCCACAGCCUACACCUUAUUCUGCGCCGGUGGUUCGUCCCAGCAACCCACUGACAGGGAGGGUGGGGACACUAACGACCACGCCCUGAUGUUGUUCUUCAAAAAUUACUACGGCCCCUUUAUCACACGUUGGUGGAUGGUGAUUCUGACAAUAUUACUGUUUCUGGGCUACCUAGGCACCGCCAUCUACGGAUGCACCCAGGUUCGUGAGGGUCUCACUCUCCGCAACCUUGCCAGGGAUAACUCCUACGCAGCCGACUUUUUGGAUGAUGAAUCGCAGUAUUUUACGACCUACGGCCCUCAAGUCUCGCUUGUCUUCACGGAGCCCAGAGACGUGUGGAAUCCAGUGGUGCAAGAUCUCAUGGAGGAGACCUUAGCUAAGAUGGAGGCGAGUAAGUACACGUACAGUAAGGAUCAGAAUCUGACUGUGUCUUGGCUGAGAGAUUAUCUGGAGUUCCUGCAAACCAUCGGCCUCAGUAAUCCAACCCAGACUCAGUUCAUAAAUAUUCUGCGCCAGAAUUUCCUGACAAUUUCCGCCUACCAGAGAUACUCCUUAGAUAUCAUCUUCAGUGAUGAUAACACGACUGUGGCGGCAUCGCGAUUUUUUGUCACCACUAAGGACUUGGUUUCCACAGACAAAGAGCGAUUCAUGAUGACGGAUAUGAGGGAGAUAGCCGAGAACUCAGAGCUGCCUGCUAUAGCUUACCAUCCAGCCUUUAUUUUCUUCGAUCAAUACAUAGCCAUCCUGCCUAACACACUACAGAACAUGGGUAUUGCGGUAGGCGCCAUGUUGAUCGUGGCUCUGCUCAUGAUCCCCAACCCCAUCUGUUCUGUCAUGGUCACCCUUUCCGUAGCCUCUAUCGUCACAGGGGUGGUCGGGUUCAUGACCCUCUGGCAGGUCAACCUCGACUCCAUCGCCAUGACCAACCUCAUACUCUGCAUUGGUUUCAGUGUGGAUUUCUCAGCCCACAUAAGCUAUGCUUACAUAGCAGCAAACACAGGCUGCCGUCGUGACAGCGUCAUCUACGCCCUGUACUCCCUCGGCAUGCCGAUCGUCCAAGGAUCCCUUUCCACCUUACUCGGUGUCGUAGUUCUUGCCUUCACGGACUCUUACAUCUUCCGGACUUUCUUCAAGACCAUGUUUCUCGUGAUCUCCCUGGGAGCGCUGCACGGCCUGCUCUUCCUGCCAGUAUUUCUCCUGCUCACGAUUCCCGUUAAAUCUCGCAGAGUGGAGGACUCCAGUGAGAAUCUGCGAGAUGGAUGUGUUUCCCGCAGCCCGCACCUAAGUCCCCAUCAGAAACCCUUUGCAAUGGGGCAAUAUUCCCGUCCCAACUCCCCGCAUCGAGCCCCCGCCUAUGCCGCGAAUCACCCUCAAAGAUCGGCGUCUGUGCCUUACAACAUUAGCGGAGGUCUUGUGGGUCCAAACCCCUCUGACGUCACCUUCAGACAGUCACCACAAUCAUCGUCACGACAAAAUGGUGGCAACUGGCAAAACUGGGCCCUGUCUGGCAAUUUUGGUAUUCCUAGGGCGAGGCCCACCUCGGCACAAGGCGUUUACUUUUCAUAACCUUUAGUAAAAAUCAGAAGGAAGCAUUUUGGUUUAUUGUAUAUAAAAAACACAUGCCAGAAAA